AUGCUAAAACCAGGCAAGGUCAAAACCCCCCGGAGACCUGGCCCAAAGAAAACAUCCAACACAGAGAUGGAUCCUGUUGGAGUAUACUGUCGUAUACGUCCCCUGGGACCAGAAGAUGGGGAGUGUUGCGUUGAGAUGAUCAGCAACACUACUAUUCAACUGCAUGCUCCUGAUGGCCUCAAAGCCAAUCGCAAUGGGGAAUACAAAGAGACACAAUACACUUUCAAAAAAGUGUUUGGAAUUAAAACCUCUCAAAUAGAGCUGUUUGAGGAUGUUGCCAGGCCACUAGUUGAAGACCUCAUUCAUUGUAAAAAUGGUCUGCUCUUUACAUAUGGCGUUACGGGAAGUGGUAAAACCUACACUAUGACCGGCUGCCUUGGUGAGGGUGGACUUCUCCCUCGUUGCCUAGACAUUCUCUUCAACAGCGUUGGCCCUUAUCAAGCCAAGAGAUUUGUAUUCAAAACUGAUGACAAAAAUGGGAUGGAGAUCCAAGGCCAAAUCGAUGCCCUUCUGGAAAGGCAGAAGAAAGAGAGCCAGCAGACUGUGCCCAAAACUCCCUCCUCAAGACAGAAAGCUGACCCAGAGUUUGCAGACAUGAUCAGUCCAAAGGAGUAUAAAUCUCAGAGUGUGGAUGAGGACAGCAGUUACAGUGUCUUUGUGUCUUACAUUGAGAUCUACAACAACUAUAUCUAUGAUCUCCUGGAGGAUGCUCCAAACUCUGAUCCCAUCAGACCAAAGUGGCUUGGUGGAGGCACACCUGUUCGGAACUCUGAGUUUGUACCACCUCAGUCAAAGAUUUUGCGUGAAGAUCAGAACCACAACAUGUAUGUCGCUGGCUGCACGGAGGUAGAGGUGAAGUCCAAGGAGGAGGCUUUUGAAGUCUUUUGGAAGGGUCAAAAGAAAAGACGGAUAGCCAAUACUCAACUCAACCGCGAGUCCAGUCGCUCCCACAGUGUGUUCAUAGUCAAAUUAGCACAGGCACCACUUGAUGCUGAUGGGGACCACAUUCUACAGGUAUUGCAGGAUAAAAACCAGGUGAAUGUUAGCCAGCUGUGUCUUGUGGACCUGGCAGGCAGUGAGCGCACCAGCAGAACCAGAGCAGAGGGUUGCCGCCUCCGUGAAGCAGGCAACAUUAAUCAGUCUUUGAUGACACUACGCACAUGUAUAGAAGUCCUACGAGAAAAUCAGUUGUUUGGAACAAAGAAGAUGGUGCCAUACAGGGACUCAAAAGUAACACAUCUGUUCAAAAAUUAUUUCGAUGGGGAGGGAAAAGUCAGGAUGAUUUUGUGUCUCAACCCUAAAGCUGACGAUUAUGAAGAAACAAUGUUGGUGUUGCGGUUUGCAGAAAUGACCCAGGAGGUGGAGGUGGCUCGACCGGUAGACCGGCCCAUCUGCGCCCUUGCAGCAGGGCGCAGACACAGGAACCAGGCUUUCAGAGAAGAGCUGUCACACCGACUGAAAGAGCAAGGAAGCACCAGUAAUACUACACUGCUAAAUCAGCUUAUUGACACCCUUCCACCCCUGCCUCCCUGUGAGCUGGUGGACCCAGCAGAUGAUCAGACACUGCCCCAUCUUAUUGAAGUUUUGGAGAGGAGACGACACAUUCGCCAGCUGAUGACUGAGCAAUACAACAAAACUGCCAACACACUAAAGUCUGCGUUGCAGGAGAUGGACAACCAUCUCACGGCCAAGGAGAACUUUAUUCAUGAUCAGAGAAGCAAGCUGGGUGAGAGAGAGAGACUCAUCGCCCACCAGAAGACUGAGAUUGACAAACUGGAGAAGAAGUCCAAAAUGCUGGAAUACAAGAUUGAGAUCCUGCAGAAGACCACCAACAUCUAUGAGGAAGACAAGCGUUCUCUUCAGCAGGAGCUGGAGACCCAGGAGCAAAGGCUGCAGAGGGAGCUGUCAGAGAGGAGACGCAUGGAACAACGAAUGAAGGGCAUGGUUUCUGAUACCAAAAUUAAGUGGGAGAAGGAGUGUGAGAGAAGAGUAAAUGCCAAGCAACUGGAGAUGCAGAACAAGCUUUGGGUGAAGGAUGAGAAGCUAAAGCAGCUCAAGGCCAUUGUAACGGAGAGCUCUAGCGCAUGUCCCAUUGAGCAGUCAGACAAACCCCAGAAGCCUUCAACAAGAGAAAGAGAUCGCCCUGCUCCCCAGAAGAGGUCUGCCUCACCCUCAGCAAUACCUACAGCCCCACCAGUUCAUCCACGACACAGACGCUCAUAUUCUGCCGGUGGGGAGAAAUGGAUAGACCAUAAACCAUCUUCUAAUUUGGACCUGGGCACUGUCAUGCAGCCAAUCAUACCAAAUGCAAUCAAGGUGUCGGCUCCCAGUGAGAAAGUUCUGUCUAAAUGCCACAAAUAUGUGCUCACACAUCAGGAGCUUGCUUCUGAUGGGGAGAUCGAGACCAAGCUGAUCAAGGGUGAGGUGUUCAAAACAAGAGGUGGUGGACAAGCUGUACAGUUUACAGAUAUUGAAACACUGAAACAAGAGUGUCCUAUUGCCCCAAGUCGCAAGAGGAGAUCAGGGUCAGGCGGUGGGCAUGAUCAAAUGGAUGACAUAGAGAACAGGGCUCCGGUGUCAAAUGCAGUUUCUGGAAAUGGCUAUCAAAAACGCAGAAAGCCUUAAGUCAUUGGACUUCGCAUUGGACCAUUGAAGCAAACCUUUUUUAUGCAUAUUGAAAGGCAGACGUUUUGUACUAUAUAUAUAUAUAUAUAUAUAUAUAAUAUAUAUAUUUUUAGAAAGAAGGUUAGUUGGCAUUGCAUAGUGAAGAAAUCAAAGCAAAAACUAGAUUAUUUAAAUAUCAUUUAGCUGAAAUUAGCUUACCUUUUUUCUUGACAUGCCAUUAUUGCUAGACUUUUUAUAGAUGUGCAUAUAUUCAGGGCUUGGUAAUAACUGGUGAAUUACCCAUUUUUGCUUAUUUUAAUACCCACCCCAAAGAUUAUUUACAAUGUUAAAAUGUGGUUUUCUCAAGCUAUCCCUUUUUGCUUUGGGUUUUUUGAAUCUGUCAAAGGAAUUCACUAACUAUCCUAGCAAGAGUGUGAUGUAUAAAUGUAUGUGCUGCAAUAUAGCUGCAGUCUCACCUUUUUGAGUUUGCCUUUAGAGUUUGUGUUGGGCAUGCAAAUACUUAAGCACAAUGUGUAUGUUCAGUUAGUAGAUAAAGGCGACUUGAACUAUUGACAUAUGCAUUGUGAUUCACUAGUUCCUUUAAACACAGAAGAGAAACAGGUCCCAAUCUUCAACCAGCCUCC